UGUAUGCAGUGCUUCCGUUUUUUCCAACAUGUAUGCUCGUUUCUACUCCCGCCACUACCCGGUUUGUUGAAACAUCUAAAUGUAAUGGCGAUUGGAUGGCACCGCCCCUCUGGUAUAUGAAGAUUUCCAAACCAAACGCUUCCUUUUCAGCUCGUGUUGCUUUAUCGUGUUGUUGCAGCCAUAGACUGGUUGCAGCCCUUAUCCGCUUGUUUUUAUCUGAACAUGUAUUUAUGUAAUUUGAACGAAGGAUCUUAGGCGCUUUUACUCAUGUUUCGCUCGACUAGUGUUGAAAAGCAGGUUUCUUUAAAACUGAGCUGAUACAAAUGUCCACUUUUAUGUUUUACACACUGUAUUAUUUUUGAAUGAAAAGCUGCAGACAUGAAGAUCACAGACAGCGUGUUUCGGAGUUUCAGGGUUGCCAGAACAUUUCGACAAAAUUCCCAAAAAGUCAACUGUGUGGACUUCAGCCCAGAUGGUGAACAUGCAAUAUCAAGCAGCGACGACGACUGCAUUGUGUUGUAUGACAUCCGAGAGGGAAAACCUAAAGGGACCCUCUACAGCAAGAAGUAUGGAGUAGAUCUGAUCCGCUACACACAUGGAGAUACACAGACAGUGGUCUACAGCUCCAACAAACUAGACGAUACCAUCCGAUACCUUUCACUUACUGACAACCAGUACAUCAGGUAUUUCCCUGGUCACACUGCAAGGGUUAUAGCUCUCUCCAUGUCACCAGUGGACGAUACAUUUAUCUCGGGAUCUUUGGACAAAACGAUCCGGAUCUGGGAUCUGCGUGCUCCAAACUGUCAAGUAGGUUUGACUAAUCCACUGGGGAAACCUGUUUGUUCCUUCGACCCUGAUGGGCUGAUAUUUGCUGCAGGAGUGGAAUCACAGGCCAUCAAACUAUACGACCUGCGUGCUUUUGACAAGGGUCCCUUUGCCUCUUUUGAGACAAAGUUCAAUCGCGCCUGUGACUUGACUGGAGUCAAAUUCAGUAACGAUGGGAAACAAAUUCUCAUCUCAACAAACGGAGGGAUAAUUCGUGUCCUAAAUGCUUUCAAUGGAUCUGUGCUGCAUACUUUUUCUGGCUACAACAACAGUAAAGGCAUCUCCCUGGAGGCCUGCUUCACUCCUGACUCUCAGUUUGUCAUGAUCGGCUCAGAGGAUGGGAGAGUCCAUGUCUGGAGCACUGAGAGUGGGAUGAAGGUGGCUGUGCUGGACGGGAAACACUCAGGACCGAUCAACACGCUACAGUUCAACCCCAGAUACAUGACGUUUGCCAGCGCCUGCACUAACAUGUUGGUGUUAGAUUCAUACAGAGAGCCAGCGUACAGCUGGGACAAGGAUUACGACCAGUUCCUGCUCCCUCUGCUCACGCCUCAGGAACCCUGCUACAUCCUCUACCGUCUGGACUCCCAGAAUGCACAAGGGCACGAGUGGAUCUUCAUCGCCUGGUCACCUGACCAAUCACCAGUGAGGCAGAAGAUGGUGUAUGCAGCGACCCGCGCCACCCUGAAGAAAGAGUUUGGAGGAGGUCACAUUAAAGAUGAAAUGUUUGGCACCGUGGAGGACGAUCUGUGUUUCCAGGGAUACCUGUGCCACAUGUCCUCCUGCUGCUCCCCCGCCCCGCUCACAGCAGCCGAGCAGGAGUUACAACGAAUCAGAGUCACAGAGGAUAAAGUUGUGUGGGGUGAGCGUAGACGAAUUGGGACUCCAACAGCGCGAGCGAGGUUGGAUGCCAAAUUGCCACAAAUUUCAGAUAUCGGUGCUCUACUUUCCACUGUCACAAUGGAGUUUGGCUUAGACAAAAGAGCGCAGACUCUUCAAGGUCUUGCCUUCCCCUUACAAGAAGAGGCCAAGCGAGCUCUGCAGCAACUCAAGCAGAGACGCAUCAACUACAUACAGCUGAGGCUGGAUGUAGAGAAAGAGACCAUUGAGUUGGUUCACACCAAACCUACAGAGACCCACGAGCUUCCCUACAGGAUUCCCUCAGAUUCUCCCAGAUACCACUUCUUCAUCUUCAAACAUUCCCACCAGGGCCAGCGGCAGGAGGCGCUGGUGUUCAUAUAUUCGAUGCCUGGUUACACCUGUAGCAUCAAGGAGCGGAUGUUGUAUUCAAGCUGUAAGAACCGACUACUGGACGAGGUGGAGAAAGACUAUCAGCUGGAGGUCACCAAAAAGAUGGAGAUAGACAAUGGCGAUGGCCUGACAGAAGACUACCUGUACGAGGAGGUGCACCCGAUGGAGCACGCCUUGAAGCAGGCCUUUGCCAAGCCCCGCGGACCGGGGGGGAAGAGGGGCAACAAACGCCUCAUCAAGGGCGCUGGGGAAAACGGGGAAGAAAGUUAGAUAUACACAAUAUAUUAUACAUGAGUACACAAACAUACCACACUAUAUCUAUGAAUGUACUUGUUAUUUGACUGUUUAGCUUCUAAUAAUUUCUCCUUUUUACCUUCAGACAUUUCAAACGGAGAAAGUAGAUCCACCAUGCAAAAAAGGAGAGUGUGGAAAAUAUAUAGCCUAUAUCUUUUCUUGUGGUAAGGGAGAGCUUCUAAAGUUAACACUGUUAGUGUAAGUGUAGCAAGCUGACACAUAUUUUGGCCUAUUAAGAUUAAAUUAAAUUGAAUUUGACAUACAACGUGUUAAAGUAGUGAAUCAAGCGGCGGUUUUGAGGUUUAUAUGUAAAUGCAUCCACAGAGUUGAUAAUUUAACCGUUCUUAUCCACUUAUCCGGGUGUCAGUCAUAACAACUUAUUGUGCAGCAAAACCUUUUUCAAACCCACAGUACUUUAUUAUCACUUGUAGAGAUCCAAAACGUUGCAGAAAUACUAAAUACUUAUAGACCUUAUAGGGAAAUGUGUACAAUAAUAUGCUCAGCAGAUAUAUUAUUUCCAUUUCAUGUAAUGUGGAAAGCGAUUUAAAACAUGGAGUAUCAGAUUCUAAAAGCUCACUGUGAAUAUACAUCUUUGAACAAGACAAUACACUGUGGAAAUUAUUGCAAAUAAUAUGACAUAUGGGGGAAAUACAAUCACUCGAUUUAUUGGUGGAAAGGAAGAUUGAUAAGACGUUGCUGAUUUUACUUUAUUAACUACAGCCAGCCGCAGUUAGCUAAAUUAAGCAUUAAAGACUGUAAAUGGGGAGUUCUAGCCCCCCCCCAAAGCUCACUCAUUUAAAGAUGAUAUCUUGUUAGUUUAAUCUGUCUUAAAACCUCUUAAAACAACUGGAUGUUAAUAGGAUACUAUUUUAUUAAUACAUUUUUCAUUUGCCAACCCAAGUUGAAUGCAAAUGCUCAAUCAGAUCUGUCUUCUCCUGUUUCUGUGCUCCUCUUCAGGAAAUAAUUAACAUCACCAGUCACUAAUAUUGAUUCAGGUAAUCAAAAUCAUCGUGAAAUGGCUUUUAAAUGUUUGUUUUAUGGUGGAUUAUCCUUUAUAUUUUCUCUAGUCAGCCUAUGCUUUACCCAUUGUUCAUUGCAAAUCUCUCCACAUCACAUUCACAGUUGCCUUCUUCAGUCGCUUGGGUGAGGUUUGACUACACUCAGCUGAAGGCUGUUGUUUUACAUGGCCCUACAAUAAAAUAUUUUCUGUA